UUGCUUUAAAUCUGGAUGAAGGAAAUGUUCAGAAUUUACCCAGGAUAUUGGUGAGGAUGGAAACCUGUUGUUUUUGGCUGAAGUGAUCAAUGUGUCAAACACUUAGCUGGAAGACAUCCAGGGUCUAAGUGGAAGAAAUAGUAACAGCAAUGAACUCUGUUUCUUUAUGAUCUGCAGGCAGAGGAGAUGGAGACUGAGAACAAUACAGUGGUGACCGAAUUUAUCCUUGUUGGUCUGACCCAGUCUCAAAGUAUUCAGCUCCUGGUCUUUGUGCUAGUUCUAAUUUUCUACCUCAUCAUCCUCCCUGGAAAUUUCCUCAUCAUCCUCACCAUCAGGUCAGACCCUGGCCUCACGGCCCCUCUCUACUUCUUUCUGGGCAACUUGGCCUUCCUGGAUGCAUCCUACUCCUUCAUUGUGGCUCCCAGGAUGCUGGCGGACUUCUUCUCUGAGAAGAAGGUGAUAUCUUAUAAAGGUUGCAUCACUCAGCUCUUUUUCUUGCACUUCCUUGGAGCAGGCGAAGGGUUUCUCCUAGUUGUGAUGGCCUUUGACCGCUACAUUGCCAUCUGUCGUCCUUUAUACUACUCAACCAUCAUGAACCCAAGAGCUUGCCAUGUCUUGCUGUUGGCUCCUUGGAUUGGGGGCUUUGUCCACUCCAUUAUCCAGGUUGCCAUCAUCCUCCGCUUGCCCUUCUGUGGUCCA